UUUGAAACUGUAGUCCCAGCUCCCUCCAGGUCAUUAAUCUUUGAUCUUGCCGGUGGUGGACAGGUUGGAGUUUGACUGAUUGUGGACAGCUGCACGCGCAUCAUCGAGAGAGUCCACCCGAACCGCUUCAGCUUCUCCUUUGGGAUUUCCCGCGGGGAGUGAUGAACUCCAUCGACCCUCAGUCCCAUCACCAGCACCAGCACCACACCUCCCCUACCGUCGGCUCUCUUCCACAUAAAAGCGCCCAGGAGUCCCCGGACAUGGCAGCUGCGGUCUACUGCGACAACUUCAGCAGCGUGUACCACCAGCAGAGCCUCCAGGGCGCUCAGAGACCCGCCGGCUACGGCCUCGGGGACUACGCCUCCUCCCCGAACCCGUACCUGUGGCUCAAUGGGCCGGGCGUGAACUCCUCCGCGUCCUACCUGCACGGCAACAACCCGACGCCGUUCAUCCCGCCCUCCUACGGCUCGCAGCGGCAGUUCCUCGCCAACUCACCUGGGUUCGGAGGGCCCGACCUGGGUUGGCUGUCCAUCGCCAGCCAGGAGGAGUUGCUGAAGCUGGUCCGGCCGCCAUACUCCUACUCCGCUCUCAUCGCUAUGGCUAUCCAGAACGCGCACGAAAAGAAGCUGACCCUGAGUCAGAUUUACCAGUACGUGGCUGACAAUUUCCCUUUUUAUAAGAAGAGCAAAGCCGGCUGGCAGAACUCCAUCCGGCACAAUCUGUCUCUGAACGACUGCUUCAAAAAAGUCCCGAGGGACGAGGAUGACCCAGGAAAAGGAAACUACUGGACGUUGGACCCCAACUGCGAAAAGAUGUUUGACAACGGAAACUUCCGGCGGAAAAGGAAACGACGGUCAGACCCGAGCCUUUCGGGGGGAGCUGCUGCGGCCGCAGCCACAAAGCUGGAGGACGGCCGGCCGACGGCGGCGGGCCCCAUGAAGGCCUCGGACAGCCCCCAGCUCCUGGGGCCUUCCUCCCCGGAGAUGGAAGCCAUGAACGAAAACCACAAGAGCUCGUCGUCGUCGCCAGCGGGGCUGGCCGCCGCCGCCGCUCCGUGUUUCAAUAACUUUUACAGCAACAUGUCGGCGCUCGGCUCGGGGGCCCCCGGCCGACAGGGGUCCCUCGGACUGGUGAACGAGCUGUCAAACAGGAACAUAACGGCUCUGAGCCCAUACCACCCUGGCGGCGGCAGUGGCGGCGGGCAGGAGGCGGGGCCUCCCGACCACGGCGAGGGCUUGCAUUUUAACCGGGGAGUGUACUACAACACGUUCGGCGGAGGGCAGAGCGGACAGUUCAACGCUCACUUCUACAACAGCUUCAGUGUGAACAGCUUGAUCUUUCCCAGGGACGGGACUGAGAUCUAGGGGGACCAGGCCUCACCUGCUGGAAGACUUUCUCAGAGAAUCCCACUCAGAAUACGCAUCAGUACUCGAUACGCUUCAUAUUUCCUACAGAGAAGUCACAGCACAGACUGAGCUGGAGUGUCUGAUUAUCAUCAGAGAGCUGAAAAAAAUGCAAAAAAACCCAAAACAACAAAAAAAAACUUUUCCUUUCACUUACACCUGAGCACCUUUUUCAACUAAACUUCGAUCUUGUAACAUAAAAAAGUAAAAUAUUUUAUAAACUUAAAUUGAUUUUUUUACAACCAUAUUUAAAGUUGAGCCCAAACCUUCACAGUUCUAUAGGUUUUUCACAAUAAAAGAGCUUGUUCAUCACUAACACCAAGCUGCCAAAGUUGCCUAUGUGACACCAACAAUACCUCAGAACGACAGUCAUUUAUUACAGUGGCCCUCCAAGGGUUUGUAUUAUUUUGUUAAACAAAUGCAGUUAUGCUAAUAUGUUCACUCAUAUGCUUGCCUUAUGAACCAGGACCAGCUGAGAUUUUGGGAAGUUGCGGUUUCACAAUCGUUCCUACCGUUUAAGUCCUUUAAUGACAUGGCAGAAAAAGUGCUGACCAGAGUUCUUGCGGUUUUCAUAGCUGCCCCUCCCCAACAUGUUGCUGCACACUGCUCGUGAGCAGGCUGAGAAAGGAAACGCUGCGCUUCUCCCGAGUUUUACAAACGGAAGAAAACUUCUUGUUGCUUGGAUAUACAAUAAAAAUGUGAUAAUCAGUGUGGAAACUGAAGUAGCAUCACCCACUACGCUUAUUAACAAAAUGCUGUUUGAAAACUUCAGUUAGUUUGUUAAUCAGUAAGCUGCAGACUCAAUACCCCGCUGGAUUAUCUAAUUACCCAGCUUGCUGUUCUUUUGUUGCUAUGUAACCAGAACACCUAAAACAUGUGAUAUUCUGCCCAAUAAGCACUUAAAAACUACUGCUAAAUUUAUCAGAUUCUUAUUCUCCAGCUUGUGAAACAAGAUCAGAAUAAAUGUCUGCAGCUGCAUUUCCAUUAUGUGUGCAAAACUUUUGAAAUCCUGCUAAUGUUAAAAUUAAAUAAGAAAUGCAUUUAAAAUGCAUAAGAAAUGCAUUUUAAAUGCAUUUUGAGCGUUUCUUAUGCAGAAACGCGAUUAAGACAUAACGCGUGAAGUUUGUUCACGCGAUAUAUCUUUAAAAAAAAUCAUGGCGGCGACGGAUGUAAACUGAUACUUGAGAUUUAUUUAUAGUGGAGUCAGCCGUGCAUCGUCCAAGGAGGAUAGCUCCUAUAAAUAAGUGGGUUUCUGCUUUAUAAAAACUGCAAAUAAAAAGUGUUUUUACUGAGAUUUUGCAAAAUGUAUUAAUUUUGAUACAGCUAAAAAAAACAAAAAAACAUACAGAAACUUGGCGUAUUCAUUUCUAGAACUAAACUUUGUGUAACUUUAACGCCAAUUGAAAUGCAGCCACAGACAUUAUUGCAACAGUGACAACUGAUGUGUUAUUUAAGCACCAGUAGGACUAAUUGUUUUCUGAUUUAACAGCAACUACAUCAUAUUUUACAUUUGUUGUUGUUUUAAACUCCUCUGUAAAUACUGUGAAACUGUGGUACUCACGCUAAAUGCUGCCCGACCAGCCAAUACCUGCUGCCUUGUUUCUGACAUCCUCCAUGUUGACUGAAACCUCAGCACUGUGGCUUAUGGAAACAGACAUGGACCUGAUAGAUGUGUAUUUUUGUAACAUUUUUUGGAAAAAAAAAAACUUUUUGGGAGUAUUUAUGCUAUUUAUGUUCAUAGGCAUUUUCUACUGUUUGUCCAAAAAAAAAAAAAAAAAACGCUGAUUAAAUAUGCAAAUAUUAGUUUCCAGGAUGCAGCAAAAAAAAAAAAACAGCAUCACUAAAACACAGAUUUUAUUAAUAUACAGUAUCUGUAAACAAUAUAUUCUGUCUUGUUUAUUUUCCUCAGGAUUCAGUUUGACAAUCAUUAAAUGGCUUUUAUAUCAA